AUGAUAGACGUGCUUCUGGUACUGCUUGCUUGCAUGGGAUGCAAAGCUGACAUUGACAACUGCAGGGUUAGAGAUCCUAACCCUCCGCUUCACAAGUAUCAUCAGUCAGGAGACUUCAUCAUUGGUGGCAUUGCUACUUAUGGUCUCUUUGUCUCCAGUCCAACAGCCUUCACUGAAGAGCCCCAUCAGGCAUCGUCAGAGGAACUUGUGGUACUUCCUAAGCAUUACCAGCACAUCCUGGCCUUCGUGUUUGCAAUAAAGGAAAUCAAUGAAAACCCUCAGAUCUUACCCAAUGUCACCUUGGGCUUCCACAUCUAUGAUAGCUGUGACAAUGCAAGGAAGACCUAUCAUGCCACAAUGCUACUGUUGACUACACUGGAAAAUGUUGUCCCUAACUAUGUAUGUGAUAUCCAGAAUAGAUUAACAGCAGUUAUUGGGGGACUGGAUUCUGAAAUUUCCCUAUUUGUGGCAAACAUCUUGGAUACCUAUAAGACUCCACAGCUUAUCUAUGGCCCUGCUCCCGUGAUGAACUAUAAAAUUCCAGGCCUUCACUUCUACCAGUUGGCUCCUCAGGAACGCCUUCAGUAUGAGGGAAUUCUCUCUUUGCUUCUCCAUUUCAGGUGGACGUGGAUAGGGAUCGGUGUUAUGGAUAAUGAUAAUGGAGAAAGAUUUCUACAAGUGGUUGUUCCACUGUUUUCUAAGAGGAGUGUCUGUUUUGCCUUCAUAGAAAAGGUCCCCAAAUUAACUUUUGACAAUGAAAUUAAUGAUGCAUUUAAACAGGGAGCAAAAAUACAUGAUAAAGUGAUGGGCAGCAAAGCCAAUGUAGUGGUAGUCAAUGCAGAAUCUUAUUCCAUGGCAUUAUUCCUCUUCUUUCCAUAUCUAUCAUUACAAGAGGUCAUGGCAAAGGUAAUGAAAGGGAAAGUAUGGAUAACAACAGCACAGACAGAGUUCACUUCACUUGUCCUACAAAGGAAUUGGGAUAUAGAAAUAUUCUAUGGCGCUAUAUCCUUCAGAAUCCACUCCAGUGACCUACCUGGAUUUCAGCAGUUUCUUGAGAGCAGAAACCCUUCUACCUCUAAAGAAGAUGGUUUUGUCAAGGAUUUCUGGCAACAGGCCUUUGGCUGUGUAUUCCCACAUAGCAUAGUGGGGGAGGUGAAUGGGGACAUUUGCACAGGGGAGGAGAAGCUGGAAAGCCUUCCUGGAUCAUUCUUUGAAAUGAGCACAAUUGGACACAGCUAUAGCAUCUACAAUGCUGUCUAUACUAUGGCCCAUGCCCUACAUCAUGCCAUGUCAUCUUCAAGAGCUGAACAUGGUGCAAUGAAGGAUGGAGUGGAAUCCAAAUUUCAGAAUCUACAAAUUGGGCAGCUCCAACCAUUUCUAAAAUGGAUCUCAUUUAACAACAAUGCAGGGGACAGAGUUUCCUUCAACCAGAAUGGGGAGCUAGUUGCUGGAUUGGAUGUGAUCAAUUGGAUUAUCUUUUCCAACCAUUCAUUUCAUAGGAUGAGAGUAGGGAGGAUGGAUCCUGAGGCUCCCCAAGGUCAAGCAUUCGCCAUUGAUGAGGAUGCCAUAUCAUGGAAUAGCUGGUUUAAUCAGUACGAUUGCAUCCCAUGUCCAGAAGGGAAGAUUUCAAACCAGGAUGACAUGAAUGAUUGCCAUAAAUGCACUGAGGAAAACUAUCCAAACGAAAAACAGGAUGGCUGUAUUCACAAGGCUGUAACCUUCUUGUCUUAUGAAGAACCUUUAGGAUUUAGUUUAGCCUCUUUUGCCGUCUCCUUUUCAUUGACUACAGUUCUGGUGCUGGGAACCUUUCUGAAGCACCACAACACCCCCAUUGUCAAAGCCCACAACCGGGACCUCACCUACACUCUACUCAUCACCCUCUCUGUCUCCUUUCUUUGUGCAUUGCUGUUUAUUGGCCAUCCUCAGAAAGUGACAUGUCUCCUCCGACAAACAACUUUUGGACUCAUCUUCUCAGUGGCUGUGUCUUGUGUGCUGGCAAAAACCAUCACGGUGGUUCUGGCUUUCAUGGCCACCAAACCAGGGUCCAGGAUGAGGAAGUGGGUGGGGAAAAGACUGGCCAUCUCCAUUGUUCUUUUCUGCUCCCUCAUCCAAGCAAGCAUCUCUACUUUAUGGCUGGCCACCUCUCCACCUUUCCCAGAUAUGGACAUGCACUCAGUGGCUAAAGAAAUUGUGCUACAGUGUAAUGAACAGUCCGUGACUCUGUUUUGUUGUGUUCUGGGCUACAUGAGUUUCCUGGCAAUGGUGAGUUUCACCGUGGCUUUCCUUGCAAGGAAGCUCCCUGACAGUUUCAAUGAAGCCAAGUUUAUCACUUUCAGCAUGUUGGUCUUCUGCAGUGUGUGGUUAUCCUUUGUUCCAUCCUAUCUGAGCUCUAAGGGAAAAUACAUGGUAGCCGUGGAGAUCUUUUCUAUCUUAGCCUCAAGUGCUGGGUUGUUGGUUUGUAUCUUUUCUCCCAAAUGUUACAUUAUAUUGUUGAGACCUCAGCUGAACACAAGGGAACAGCUAAUAAGGAGAAAAGAUGGAAGAAGUAUGUAA